AUGAGAGAAGUCGCUGGCAUCACUGAACUCUGGGUUUUCAUUUUGGCAGCAGUGGUGGCUGCGUCAGCACGACCUCAGGGCUACAGCCUACCAACGCCCUCUGGACCGUCCUUUGGCCCGUCCGUUGGGCCAUCUGUUGGCCCGUUCGUUGGCCCGUCCGUUGGCCCAUCUGUUGGCCCGUUCGUUGGCCCGUCCGUUGGCCCAUCUGCUGGCUCGUCUUCAGGUGGAUGUAGUCCCGGGCAAGUGCGACAUGUGGACGGUAGAUGCGUGACUCCGCGUGAAAACAGAAGAGUGUUCUUGUAUGAAGUUCCUUCGAACGUUGUGUUCAACGGCGCUGAAGUUAACGUCCCCGAGCCAACAGUGGAGACCAAUAUCGUGCUCAUCCGAACGCCCGAGGGAUUACUGGGACCCGAACCUGUUGUUGUGCCUCCUCCAAGACAGCAGCACGUGGUGUACGUGCUCAACAAGCAAUCUGAACACGACCAGAGGGUGAUCGAAGUGACAGCGCCACCGCCAUCCGAUCCUGAAGUUUACUUCGUGAACUACGCUGAAGGCGAGAAUCCAACUCUUCCUAGCGGAGUGGACCUACAGAGCGCUCUGGGUGCUGCCACUCAAGGCGGCGGUCAGGUGAUCGGGGGAAGUGGUAUAGAUGGUGAUGGUGGUAUCGGCGGAGGCAUUGGUGGUGGUAUCGGGAGCAGUUUUGGCGGAGGCAUUGGUGGUGGUAUCGGUAGCGGUUUUGGCGGUGGUAUCGGUAGCAGUAUUGGCGGUGGCAUCGGUAGCGGUAUUGGCGGUGUUGCUGGUUCAGGUGGAGGAUACACCCCACCAACCCAGCCCUCACCAUUGUACACUUCACCAUAA